AUGAAGAAGGAAAACUUUACAUACAUUACUGAAUUUAUUUUUCUGGGACUCUCUGUCCAGCCAAGGGUCCAGCUUAUGCUUUUCAUCAUUUUCUUGUUCUUCUACCUGCUAACAUUGGCUGGAAAUGUUGUCAUAAUUACUGUGAUCUGCAUGGAACCCCAACUUCAAACCCCAAUGUACUUCUUCCUUGCCAAUCUCUCCUUCCUGGACAUCUGUUACACUUCCACCAAUGUUCCUCAAAUGCUUUCCAACCUGGUGGGGGAAAGAAAGACCAUCUCAUUCACCAGAUGUGCCACCCAGAUGUAUUUCUCCCUCUCCUUUGGGAUGAUCGAAUGCAUUCUUCUUGGGGUCAUGGCUUACGAUCGGUACGUGGCCAUAUGCCAUCCACUGCAUUACACCGUUAUCAUGAACAGAGCGAUGUGUGUCCAGCUGGGAAUGACCUCCUGGAUCAGCAGCUUUCUGAGCUCCCUGGUGAUCAAUGCCCUCACCUCGAGCUUGCCCUACUGCGGGCCCAAUGUAGUAAACCAUUUUUUCUGUGAAGUGCCGACGGUCUUGAGGCUGGCGUGUACAGACACUACCCUCCCGGAAAUGGUGGUGUUUGUCUUCAGCAUCAUCAUAGUCUUCAUUCCUUUUCUCCUCAUCGUGGUCUCCUAUGCCCACAUCCUCCUGUCCGUCCUCAGGAGACAGUCCACCACGGGGAGACGCAGGGCCUUUUCGACGUGUGUUUCUCACCUGACCGUGGUGGCCCUCUUCUAUGGGACGGCUAUCUUCGUGUACAUGCGACCUCAGUCUGGUGCCUCUCAGGCCAGUGGAAAGGUCAUUGCGUUAGUCUACACGGUAAUCACACCCAUGCUCAACCCCCUGAUCUACAGCCUGAGAAACCAGGAAGUGAAAGGAGCUCUGAGGAAAGUCAUCGACAGACAGAAGACACCAGAAUGUUAG